AUGCCACCUCACUCUGCAAAUCACAUCCUCCCACCGCAGUACCAAGAUCAUUCCCAUGCACCUGUUCAAGAUGGCCGUGCCCCAGUUCCAAGCCAACUCAACCAUUCAGCCAUGCUCAGCACUGGUACUAGCGUCGCGACUGUAGAGAGCUUUGAAAAUGCUGCUGUCAAUAUGACUACGAAAAACUGGGGAAAGUGGCUAGCCCUCAAGGGGCCCAACUGCUGGAAUCUCUACCUCAAGAAUCCGGAAGCUCAUGCUAUAUUCCGAGAAACUAAUGGGAUUGAUCAUGAGUCGGCCAUGCCUUUCUUCCGAGUGUCUUUGGCGGACCCCCUCAAUGAUGGACUGACUGCUGAGGAACGUGCCCUGGAUGACAAUGACUCGGAUGAAUCCCCACCGGCUGACCAGACCCCUGGCACUAAUGGAGGUCAAAAUGUUCGCAGAGAGGCUUCGUUCAAGAACAAUUAUGCAUUUGUCCAGUCUUAUGUGAACAAUUUUGUUAAAAAGUCCACUCACAUUGCUGCAAGUCGCAAUGUUGAGUUCGCCAUCUUUGCAGUUUCAAAGCACCUCGGUCCAAGCAUGUUCCAGAUCUCGCAAAGUACCCCUGGUGCAGGCACUGCAUUGGAUUAUACCCAGGAUGUUGAUGCCAAACAACAUUAUGCAGCUCGCCUCCAGUCUCACCGGGUGUAG